UCGUCUCACCGCGACACGCUGGCUGCAUCAUACCGACAUUGACCCAAAAUGGUUGACAGCGGUGUACAGAAAGGAUAGUCUCCCGCCUACCGUGUUCAGUAUAAUUUCUUCUCUCAUUGUAAAUUAACGUGUGGCAGCAUCCAAUGAACGCUUUAUUGAACUGGACCAAGAUUGGUUUGUAACGGGAUUGAGAAACUCAGAGACAGAGGACCCACGCAUGGACGUUAUGGCGAAUUCAUAAAUGUGCUACCCUAUCUCAACAUUUAGACUACCACUGGAUCUGUUGUCUUGAUAUUGUGAGGAAUUUUCCCCGAGUAAGGACCAAGAUUGUGCAUGAGAGCUGUUAUCAGACCCAUUCUUAUUUCAGAGUUGCAUCUUUCUGUUACCCGCGCAUUGGGUUCAACCAAAGAUUCCCGAAUAUGCGGUAAUGGAUUGUACUCACCUUUGGAUGUCUCUCUCAUGACUCCUAUUUGAGAUGGCGAGCCACAACCUCCUUCACAGACUGUCACGGUAAAUGGCUGGAGUGAAUAAAAACAUCUUCCAUCUGCGUGGCGGUGGAAAGGGCCUCUGUGGAGCUGUGGAGGCGUCAGCCGGAGGUCGAUAGGAGGAAAGAAAGCAGUGCUGCUGCAGUGAUCGUCUUUCAGUCUCAGCAAAUCACCUUUCCUGCCAUGGCUCCACCAUCAGCUCUCUGCCCUCCUGAUGCUUUCUCAGAGAGAAUGUAGAGAGACACACACUGGAGACACACUCUCCAGCACUACACACACACCCCUUCAUGGGGACAGACCUCAUGCAGAGAUCCCAUACACACACACUCCUUAGCACAAGAUACCUUUGUUGUGUGUGUUUUUUUACCUGGUAGGCAAUUAUUUUUCCCCAACCAGAAUUGGAUUUGGACUCUCUGUCCUGUGUGAUUGAACCUCUUAGUAGCUUUUAGGGGGGUGUUGUCCUGCUCUGCUGCUUUAUGGUUGGGUGUCCCUGGGACGUUGUGACUGAGCAGGGGGAGCCAGCAUGGCCAGGCCUCUGCUGAAAAUCCAACGCUACUUUCGCAGGAAACCUGUGCGCUUCUUCUCCUUCAUCCUCCUCUACCUGACAGCUGGGAGCCUGGUGUUCCUGCACUCUGGCUUCGUAGGGGACAGCUCCACGGGGGGAAAUGGGGGCCGGGACCCCCUGGUGGCAUCUGGGAUAUUGAACAGGGUGGCCUCCUCAGAUGGCCGGGGGGUAGGAAUGAUGGGGAGGGUGUUGAAAGAUACACGCAGACCCACCCCGCGGAGGUACGGCCCUCCCUGGAUGAAAGGGGCUGGUGGGAAGAACUGGGAGGGUAGGGGAGUAGACUACACCAGCAGCUGGAACCGCGCCCUCAAGGGACGCAACGCCAAAGAUCUGGACGACGGACGGGCGAAGUACAUCGGCUGCUAUAUCGACGACACAGCGAAAAGAGCACUUAGGGGAGUGUCCUUUUUUGACUACAAGAAAAUGACGGUCUUCCGUUGCCAGGACAACUGUGCUGAAAGGGGAUACCUGUAUUCAGGCCUAGAGUUUGGGGCGGAGUGCUACUGUGGCCACAAGAUCCAGGCCCCCAACGCCUCUGAGAGUGAAUGCAUCAUGCAGUGUAAGGGCGACAAGGGCAACCUGUGUGGAGGGGCCAAUCGCCUGUCCAUCUACAGACUGGAGCUGAGCCAGGAGUCAGCGCGCCACUAUGGGAGUGCCAUCUUUAAGGGGUGCUUCCACAGGCCUGACAACGUCACCCUGGCCCUGCCCAUCAGCGCUGUCAUCCAGAACAUGUCAGUGGAGAAGUGUGUGGACAUGUGCACGGAGAAGGAGCUGUCCCUAGCAGUCCUGGCUGGAGACAGGUGUCUCUGUGGGUUCCCCACCCCCCACUUCUCCCUCCAUGAGAUGGAGGAUGAGGACAUGUGCCUGCACCGCUGCCAUGGCGAGGAGUUUGAGAGCUGUGGGAAUGACGAGUACUUUGUGGUGUACCAGACACAGGUCCAAGAUAACCGCUGCAUGGACCGGCGCUUCCUGCCCACGCGUUCCAAGCAGCUGAUUGCCCUGGCCAGCUUCCCCGGGGCUGGCAACACAUGGGCCCGCCACCUCAUAGAGCUGGCCACCGGCUUCUACACAGGCAGCUACUACUUUGAUGGCUCCCUCUACAACAAAGGCUUCAAAGGUGAGCGAGACCAUUGGCGGAGUGGUAGGACCAUCUGCAUUAAAACACAUGAGAGUGGCAAGAAGGAGAUUGAAGCCUUUGACGCCAGCAUCGUCAUGAUCCGCAACCCUUACAAAGCCCUCAUGGCUGAGUUCAACCGCAAGUACGGAGGCCAUAUUGGAUUCGCCUCGCAGGCCCACUGGAGAGGGAAAGAGUGGCCUGAGUUUGUGAAGAACUAUGCUCCUUGGUGGGCGUCCCACACACGGGAUUGGCUGCGUUAUGGGAGGAACGUCCAUGUGGUCCACUUUGAGGAGCUGAAGAGGGAUCUGUUCUCCAAGCUCAAGGACAUGGUCCUGUUUCUGGACCUGGAGGUGGCCGAGGACCGCCUGCUCUGUGUAGAGGGACAGAAGGACGGUAAAUUCAAGCGCUCCGGCCUGCGUAAACUGGAUUAUGACCCGUACACACCUGAGAUGCGCACUAGCAUUGACGAACUUGUCAUGACUGUAGACGCUUCCCUAAAGAAGAGGAACAUGGCCGGGGUGCCGAAGGAGUACCGACCGACUCCGAGAUAAUAUCUCCUCUCCUUUCCCUCUCUCUCUCGCUCUCUCUCCAUUUCUCACUCUGUUCUUCUAUCCCUUUCCUUCAUUCUAGGAUUAAUUAAUGGCAUCCAUGUCCAAAUGGCGUCAAAUAUAAAAGUCACAUGAACUGAAAAUCAAUGUGUAGGAAAUACGUUUUUAUUUAAUAUACUUCUCUGUUCCCCUCCACUUCUCUGUCUCCUUCUUUCUCACAUCCCUUUCCUUUAUUUGUUUGACUGACAGGCACACAACCGUAUUGAUUAGGACAACAGCAUCAUACUGUAUACUGCUUUAAAAAGGACAUUUAGCUACUUGGCUGAUGAACAUACAUUCAGCACAGCACUCUGCACAUUGAUUUUGAUUUGACCUUUGACAUUAGGAAACUCAAAUACACACCAAUGAAAAGCACUUCUCCCUCUAUGCACGUGUUUGCGUUAUGACUUAACGUGAAGGUACAGUAGCUGUGUUGGAAGCCCAUCCAAGUAAAUACUGGCUGGAUUACUGUCAGCCGACCACAAAAUAAAAUCCCUGUUCAUCGGGAAAGUGAUGAAAAAGCACUGUAAGAAGUCUAUUUAUAUGCAUAAUGUGAAUUACGAAUAGGAUCUGCUGCUAUCACAGAUUAGGAGAACAAAUACUCUUUUGUGAAAUGGUUUGAAAUGUCACAAAACCUUUUAACGUUCUGUCAUUUGCAACUAAAUGUUUUGUUUUGUUAGAGAUGAAAAAUCUAUACCUCCACUUGCUGAAUACAGUAUGUUUGAGAGCUACUAGAUUUAAAAUUAGGAGGUGGUCAAAACCGUACUAUUGGACUUGGAUUUGGUUGGCGAAAACCCCCGUGUCCAUCUAAAAGAGGUAAUGAAUGGGACUGAACACGCAUCUCUCCAUCUACCCCUGUGGACCCACCAUGAGGCUAGAUCUUCACUCUUCUCCUCAUACUUCAGCAGUAUUCUAACAAGAAGAGGUAAUACAGCACCAUCAAACAGCUGCUCUGCUUCUCUGAAGCAGUGGCCUCACUUAAAACGGUGCUGUAUCAGUCUUACUGAGUCAUUACAUCUGUCCUUUUGGUUACUGGCAACAGCUCUGGAACACUAAAUAAUUAACCCUCCAUAGUUUAUUUUGACCAUCAGGCUCUAUGGAACACUCCUGACUCUUGUCAAGACAGCCUUUUCAAUAACUAGCCUCGACUCAUCGACAGCUUGUUCAUCCUUGGUCUCCUCAUAUGUGGUCAGCCAGACACACUGCGCAUGAUACAUUUAUUGUGGAUUUAUUGAAUGUAGUUUUCUGCAAACAGCGCUAUUUUGAAAUGACCACUUCUGCUAAAUGACUCUGUGGAACUUGUUGCUUUCCUUAUAAUGGUGGUUUGAAGCAAAAUUACAAUGUGGUGCCUUUUCUGUCAGCUGACUGUUGGCUUUAAGUUGAAAUGUAGGGAAAAUAAAAUGAUUACUAAUAUCAAAUAUUAUUGGUAAUGUGAAUAUAUUAUUGAUGAUAUUUGAUAUUAAACUGUCCGCUUAAUGCAUCAUCUGACACACUAGUGUCGAGAGUGUUCUAGCUUAUGAAACAAAAUACCAAGGAUGUUGUUAUGCAAUUAUUGCAAAUAUUGUGCCAGUGCAAUGCACUGAUCGAACGUUUGAGAUUUCCAUUUGGCUCAUAGAUCUCAAUACAGGCAGGGAAGAGGCAGGGUUAACAAUCAGUAAUAGUAUGCCACCUCACUGUGUGGCUGAGGCACGUUAGAUCAAGACUGUGGAGUUAUCAAGCAUACCCUGAUAGUUUAACACUUCAAAUUAUACCUUUUUAUGGGGGGGCAGUCAAAUUUGCCUGCCUAUAAUGACUCAAACACACCAAAAUCAAUCAAAAUUCAUAUUUUGUCUCUGUUUGAGCUAAGAGAUAAUGAAGGUUCAUUAUUUAAAUAUUUGUCUUCAUUUAUUUAACUUGAAUAUGAUCCAAAAAGUGUUUCACUGUAAGGUUAAUACAGCUGUAGCAUGUACUGUAGCUGAACGCUUACUACCCUAAAGGCCCAAAAGGCAUUUAUUCAAGUUAUAGAUGAUUUGAGAUUAGAGUUUUCCCCUCAAUGCUUUUUUUUCUUGAUAUACGACCCCUGAUCAUUUUUGUUGAAGGUGAGUAAUGCUGAAAGUGACACACCCCAUAUUCUAGAUUGCUUUGGUUUUGCAAAACAAGCUAUAUAAUAGUCCCAGCCAUAGGUAAUGUGCAACAGAGAAUAGAAAGCUAAAAUACAUCAAAAUAAUCUGUAAGUGAAGCAUUUGAUUUUGUACACCCACCACUUUAUGUUGACUGAUGUAUAAUGUGUGCGUGUCUCUAUUGGUCAUGUAGAAAGAGUGCAAUGAAAGAAAAAAUUCCUUCCAAAAUAUACACAUAUAUUUUUAUAGUACGUGCCACAAAAUUACCAAUAUAUUUAUAAUGCAACAAGUAAAUGGGAGCUAUCUCUUCUAUUUUUGACAUAGGACUUUUUUUUGCUUUCAUUGACAGGCUAGCACUAUCUCGAAAAGGGGUGUCACAUUUGAAUGUAUUUUGUAUGGAAUGAAUGUAAUGUGAUUAUAAAUAAGGUAAUAGAAUGGAAGUAAAGGACUGCGAUUCCAAAUAAA